UUACUUCAACAGCAAAUUGUACACUAGACCGCGUUGGAUGCAUGACGCUCUUUUCUGGUCAAGCCAGUGAGGGUGAGGGUACUCCGUUGUCUUUGUGUCGAAUUCGAAACUUCAAUCCGACAAUGAUCAUCUACAAGGACAUCAUCACUGGGGAUGAAAUGUUCUCUGACAUUUACAAGAUCAAAGAAUCAACAAAUGGGAUGUUAUUGGAAGUUGAGGGAAAGGUGCGUCUCCACUGCAGGUAUAAGCUCUGAGUUGUGGUGGUGAGAGAUGGUUAGUAGAACGGAGAAUAUCGAUGACUGUCUGUUGGGGGCAAAUGCAUCGGCGGAGGUGCAGGAUGACGGCUGCGAGUCCAGCACAGUCAGUGGAGUGGACAUUGUCCUCAACCACAAACUGCAGGAGACAUCCUUCACCAAGGACUCAUACAAGGGCUACAUCAAGGACUACAUGAAGGCGAUCAAGGCUAAGCUGGAGGAGAACAACCCAGACAGAGUGAAGCCUUUCAUGGCUGGAGCUCAGGAGGAGAUCAAGAAGAUCAUGGGCAACAUGAAGAACUACCAGUUUUUUACAGGUGAGUCAAUGAACCCAGAUGGUAUGGUUGGGCUGCUGGAUUUCCGUGAGGACGGCAUCACUCCCUUCAUGACAUUCUUCAAAGACGGCCUGGAGAUCGAGAAAUGCUAACACUGGACUAACUCUGUUUCUAUUGGCUGCUCAGCUGCAUCUCACCUGACCCACGACCACCAACCAACGAGACGACUGCUCUGCAUUACAUUUGGAUUGAAAGCAUUUAGUUACAAUUGUUAUAUUAUAUCUGAUUGGAAUGGAAGUAUUACUUUAAAGUAUUAUAAGAUGCCCAAACCAUGUCAUGUCUAUGGGGUUGGCUGAAGGGGUGCUGUGACAGUAUUUUGGUGUUGAUUCUGUAAUUGACCUUACUGAUUACUGUGUUAAACUCUGACUAUUGCGUUCUGGUAAACUGGUAUAUUCAGGAAGGCCCAAUCAGAACAUUCAGAUGGAGGCAUAUAUAUAUAUAUAUAUAUAUAUCAUGUAGAAUAAGGAAUUGUGUCAGCUUUAAUAUGUUACAUUUCUACCUGGGAAAUUCAAUAUGUCACACAGUUUGCUGGGAUGAUUUGUUUAUCUCUGCGAAGACAAUGUUUCAGUCCAAUGAUUAGUUAUUCAUUAAUUGGUUAUUUAUUGUUGAUGGAUUUAACUCUCAGGCCUCCAUUUGCUUGGUUUACAGUUACAUUAGAUGUGACACCCUUACUAAAAGUAGUGGGAUAGCUUAGGACUUCCUGAUUUGAGUUGUGAAAAAUUAAACUAACACUGGGUAAAACAUU